GGCAUGGUGAGCUCAACGGCUGAGGUGAUGCAAAAUUAUAAUUAUCAAUCCCUCUGAAACUAUUUCGGAAUUUCAAGUAUGUGAAAUGCUCUAAGACGGAUUUGAUAAUUAAUUCUGGAUCGGGUCUGGCUUCGAAGGUGAUAGGCCCUUUUUCUUCACAUUGCUCAGAAGAAGAUAAAUAGGAUACUUUGUUUUCUGGCUUCGAAUUUAUGACUUCCGAUGCAUGUACUUCUGAUAAUUGCCAUGGCUCAUGCCCAGUUUCUUUUUUAUAUUUUUUGUAUAAGCUGGACCGAAUCUUAUCCGUCAAAAUGCUUGGUAACCCAGUUAAUUUGGCAUGCCAAAUCCAGGUAUUCGGGAGUUAAUAUUUUAUCGGACUUGGUCAUGUUGCCUUUUUUUAUAAUUGCAAAUCAAUCUAAUUAGGUAAUAGUUGACAUGUGUAAAAAAAUAUCACAAUAAAUAAGUUGGCAAAUGUAGUCACAAAGUGACCUGACUAUGCAACCAUCUCAAUUUCGCGCUGUUCACAUUUAAUAAAAUAAGAUCCAGCUU